AUGCCUCUUGCAAAAUAUGGAGCAUUUGAAAUCACAAAGCAACCGGAAUUAACAAUUUAUGACGCUGUAAGAUUUUUAGAUCAAAUUGGCAGCGCUUUACAGUAUAUGCAUGAAAACGGAUAUGUUCACAGAGACAUCAAACCACAGAAUGUUUUGAUUUUUGAUACGACAUUUGCUCUCUGUGAUUUUUCUGUUUCUGCAAAAUUACAUGAUCCAAACGAAUUAUUGUCAGGAGAAAUAGGAACUUCAUUCUUCAUGGCGCCACAGGUUGCCAAUCAAGAACAGUAUAAGCCAAAACCAGCGGAUAUGUGGAGUCUUGGCGUAACAACAUAUGUCUUGAUUUAUGGAACAUAUCCAUACGAUUUACAAAAAAUAUAUGAUACGUCAGGGCAAGAUAUGGUUAAAAACAAUAUUUCUAGAAUACAACCGUUGGGAGAUCUUACAUUUCCUGAUUAUCCGAUUCUACCGAAGGAUUUGAAGGACAUUCUUAGAGGAUUACUUGACAAAGAUCCUGAUAAAAGAAUGACAGCUGCUGAAUUAGUCAACCACCCGUUUAUUCAGAAUAAUAAAAAUAAUUGGAGCAACAUUAUCCAGUUAAUGGAAGAGAGUGAUGUUUGUGUAUCUAAUAAAAUGUAA